AUGCCUUCCUAUACCCCCUCCCUGGUGGGAGCAGCCACCGGCAUUGGCACCCAUGUCCUCCUUUAUCGACAUGGGGAGUGGGACGAAAAGGCACCGUCGAUUCUAUUCACCUAUGUGCUGUUGACUAUAUUCGCUUUCGCACCCAAGUGGGGCGAAGGAUUCGGGCUUUCCCUGCCGUGCCAGUGGGUCGGUUACACUGUUUUCUGGCAUAUCCUGGGAGUAUAUGCGAGCAUGUUAUUCUAUCGCGUUUUCCUGCAUCGACUGAAACAUUUCCCGGGCCCUUUUUUUGCCAAGAUAUCGAACCUCUAUGCCACACUUCUCGCUGGCAAGAAGAUGCAAUUUUAUACAGAGACAGAAAAGCUACAUAAGAGGUUCGGUGACUACGUGCGACUAGGCCCAACGGAACUUUCUAUUACAGACCCGGAAGCUAUCGUUGCUCUUCAUGGCCCGCAGACACCGGUCUCCAAGGGACCGUGGUAUGGGAUUUUUGGGGAUCGAAUUUCCUUGCAGCUUGAGCGAGACAAAAAAAUACAUGCACGUCGUAAGAAAGUAUGGGACAGAGGAUUGAAUGAUAAAUCUCUGCGCCUUUACGAAUCCCGCGUUGUCAAAUAUGCCAAUCAAUUGGUCGAUGUCAUUGAACAGCACGUUGACACCAGUAUCGAUAUGGCCAAGUGGUGCAAUUAUUACGCGUUUGAUGUGAUGGGGGAUCUCUCCUUUGGCAAGUCGUUCGGUAUGCUGCUAAACAGCGGGGAUACCUUCUUCUUGAACUCACUUCACGCUACUAUGAAAAGUGUAGGGCUCCUAGGGCACCUAGUAUGGUUGUUCCCGUUCUUUGUGUCAACUCCCAUACUCAAUAGAGAAAAUUUGAGAUUCUGGGCUGGGGUUGAUGCGAAGGUUAAAGAUCGAAUGGAUAAUGAGCCAGAGAGCCCUGAUGUAUUCUCAUGGUUACUGGAAAGCUAUCGGAAUGGUCCCAAGACCAAGCAGGAUACUCUCAACCUUCGUACUGAUGCCUUCUUAAUCGUUGUGGCUGGAAGUGACACCACGGCCGCUACCUUGACAAACAUCUUCUUUCACCUUGCGACGGAGCCAGACUUAAAGAAACAGCUACAAUUCGACCUGGAUAAGCUAGAAGAUUUCUCGCAUCAGAAUCUAACGCAAUUAGAUCUCCUCGAUGCUGUCAUUAACGAGACCCUGAGGCUGCAUCCGCGCAACUUUGAGCGUCCCACAGAGUUUCUUCCCAGCCGUUGGACCACUGAGCUGCAGUUGGUCAAGAAUAGAUCCGUUUUCAUACCUUUUAACUCUGGGGCAUACUCAUGUGUCGGAAAGCGACUCGCUCUUAUGGAGCUGCGAUGUGUCACGGCUCAAUUGUUGAGCCGGUACGAUGUUAGCCUGGCUCCCGGGCAGAGCAAAGAGGCAUUCCUGGAGGGGGCGCACGAUUAUUUCACCUUGACGACUGCUCCACUGCAGCUGAUGUGGCGGCGGCGAGAGGGAAAUCGGACAUGGUAA